GUUUACGCUCCUCUUAAUCGGAUCUUCUACCUACGGUAACCGCAAAAUGGACGAAUUUCAGAUCAACGAUGCCGGCGGUGAAGAAGUAAUUGGCGACGAUUUCUACGAGGAGAUUGAAGCUCCGAAGUUCGUGGACUUCUCCGCACCUGAUUGUUGCCACACCGAACACGAUGAUCGUUACUGGUUCUGCCUCCGUGUCGGGUGUGAUCAAAAGCACGAAGAAGAAAUGGACUCUGAAGCAAUUUAUAAGAAUUUUGUACUUAGGGUUAUGGCAGCUAGAAGUCCAAGUGUUGGGCUUCGGAAAGCUCUUUGCAAAAGAGAUUCGAGGUCGAAAUUGGAAUGCCCCCGUACAGUUCCUGCUAAGUCUUCAAAGUCUAGAGUGUCAAAAUUGGCUAUGAUCUCAUCCAUUUCACAAAAGAUGGGGGAAGCCAAAGUGAAAGUCAGACAUGUUCCUAAGCAGAGUUCAACUACCCCAAAUGUGAAGGCUGUAAAGCAGUCAUCUACUAAGGCCUUGACUACACCAAGGAACCGAAAAGGGCUUUUGAAUCCCGGUACUUUUCGAAGUGUUCGGAACCCGAAACUAACUACAAUUGAGGUACCAAAGGAUAGAGUGGUGGCAAAGGCUUUGGUGUUUCACUCUCCAAAGAAGGUAGUGAAGUUGAAGAAGUCUGUAGAAUGGAGUAGUUCGUUAAGGAAGGCAUGUGCAGGGAUGAAGAAGCUUGAGAUUAAUGUUGGAAGUAAGAAGAAUGCAUUGGGGUGUAAUAAUAAACCUUUAGAUGUUCCAAGGAAACAGUUGAGAGGCAGAGAGAUUAAAAGCCGAGUGUACGAUUCUUUGCAUUGCCGGAAGCAGAAGAAUGAAGAAGCUAAAUCUGUAAAACCUUUGAACAAGAAGAACAGCAACAAAGACUUUCCGUUGUCCAAGGCUCCUAUGCAUCGAAAACCACAUGAAAAAGACUCGGUUGAGAGUCCUUCAGAUAGCUUGAAGCAAGCAGUUAGCGAGAAUAUCAAAAUUUCAUCUCCCACUAGCAGUAAGAUGGCCUCCAUUUCAGAGUCUGAAGGGGACAAUGAAAUUAAUGAGAGGAGCAUCCAUGAAGAGAACAUUGAAACAUGUUCUGACAACAUUGAAAUCCCCGAAGAAACAGUGAAUGAUGAGAAAGAAAAUGCUUUGGCAACUAACAUCCGAGUAAGUGAAAACAAUAAGGAAAAUAAAACUGCUUCUGAUGAAAAUAGACAAUUGAAUUGUGCCAAGGGAAAGCCGGUGCAAAAGGAUGUUCUUGGGAGGGGCAAGACUUCUAAAAACAUUCAGAAGGGUGCUAAAGUAAUGAAUAAGACAAUGAAAGAAAACUCCACAGCUGAUAAAGGUGCUCUAGGGAUGAAGUACAGAAAACCAAAGCUUACAAAUCCCAAGCCUUUUCGUCUUAGAACUGAUGAAAGAGGAAUCUUAAAGGAAGCGAACUUGGAGAAGAAGCAUCUUCAAGCACCAUUGAAAGAAACAGCCACCUUUCCAGGAUCCCAAGGUGGAAUUUCAUUGAGGAAACAUCAGAAUGUCAAAAUAAAUGAGAACAGUGACAAUGGACCAGAUACAGUAACACUUCAAGAUCAACCGCAAACCAUCAAGACCUCUAGCUUGAAGAAACCACAAGUAUUGGCGAAAACAAAGAUUUCUUAUGGUACUCCACAAAAACGUAUUGUUCCUAUGCAUCAGAAGAUGACAUUCCCAUCACUGAUGGAAAAAGGCCAAGACAAGGCAGCUCAAAAAUCCGAGGGCAGAUUAGAGAAAACUAAAUCACCAAUCGUCGAACAACUAGUGAGACCACGAGGGGUAGCAUCAAGUAGGAAGAAGCCUGCUCAAAUCAGUGCAAAUAAGGAAGAUGCCCUGAUCAUAAUGAGAAAGGAACUUGCUUAGCCAAGAAGGCAUCAUCUCAGCGAAGCAUACAACCAUUCCAAAAGAGCCAAACUUUCAUAGCCUUCAUGCACCGAAAAGCUGCCAAAGAGAGUAGCAUAAUGCACGUGUAUCAUAAUCGUCUCAAUCAUUAGCCACCCUUUUUCUUUAAACAUUUUUUAUUUACAUGCUUGAAUUAGUUUAAUAGCAGUGUUGAGGGAAUUCCAAGUUCCUUUCUAAGUUAUUGUAUUUAAGCUGUAACAUUUGUGCCAUUAGAAUGAUACAUGAUGAAUUCAUUUACAAGACGCAAAUUU